AUCUUCUCAGACAUGCAUUUGCUAUCAUAUCAUCACAAAAGUUGCCCAAAGUUUUGUAAUCUAUUGAGACGUUUGAGUCGAUGUACGUAUGGGUCGAGAGCGACGGCGACCGCCUCUCGGGAGCCCAAGACUGAGGCCGAGAUGAAGAGUAUCCGAAACGUGGGUAUAAUAGCGCACAUCGACGCCGGGAAGACCACAACCACUGAACGGAUGCUCUACUACUCGGGCCAGACGUCGACAAUGGGUGAAGUGCACGACGGAGACACUGUUAUGGACUACUUAGACCAGGAGAGGGAGAGGGGUAUUACCAUCACAUCCGCGUCGAUCACAUUUGAUUGGCGAAAACAUCGCAUUAAUCUGAUCGACACUCCCGGACACGUGGACUUCACCGUAGAGGUGGAGCGAGCGCUCAGCGUAUUGGACGGCGCCGUCGCUAUUCUGGACGCGUCGGCCGGCGUCGAGGCCCAGACAGUGACCGUCUGGUCUCAGGCCGACAGAUACCGUAUACCAAGGAUUUUGUAUUUGAAUAAAAUGGAUAAGAGUUCGGCCAAACUUGAAGAUUGUGUUACGAGUGUUGAGCGAAAGCUGGGCGUUAAGCCGAUCCCAAUUCAUAUGCCUUUGGGCUCCGGGAAAGGGUUUAACGGUGUCAUCGAUUUGGUGACUCUGGAGCGACACGUCUGGUCGCCGCUGUCCGACACCGACGGCAAAGUGUACGAUACGAGUCCAUUACAAUCGAGUGAUGACUUGUACGCUAAGGCACAGCACUUAAGGGAAGAACUGAUCGGUUCUAUCAGUGAUUUGGACGAUAAGUUGUCCGAAGAAAUACUGAACACCAAUCAAAUUGAAGACAUAAGCGUUCAGUCGGUGCAGAACGCUCUGAGACGAGUGACUAUUAAACAAUUAGGGUAUCCAUUACUGUGCGGCAGUUCCUAUAAAAACACUGGCGUUCAGCUCCUGAUGGACUCGAUUUGCCGCUAUUUUCCGAGUCCUUUAGAGAAAGUACGCCAAACACAGGCCCUAUAUUCGGGCCAAUUGUGUGCCUUUGCCUUCAAAAUUGUUUUCCACAAACGGUUGGGUUGUCUCACAUUUCUGAGGCUAUAUUCCGGUGACUUAAAGGCCACGCAAACCAUGUUUAAUGUGAAUCGAGACAAACCCGAAAAGAUUCACAAAAUAUAUAUGGCUUUUGCCGAUGACUUCCGCGAAGUCUCUCAUCUCAGUUGCGGUAAUAUAGCGGUCGUGACCGGACUCUCGCAUACCAUUACCGGCGAUACGUUAGUCACAUCUCAGUCGGUGGCCAAUGAUGUUAAAAGAAAAAGUGGUAAAGAAAGUGAACCCAUAUUUGGCGGCCUAUCAGUGCCCGAACCCGUGUUUUACUGUUCCAUAGAAUCUCCCUCUUUGUCCAAAUUAAAGGACAUGGAGUUAGCGCUGACUAAUCUCCAGAGAGAAGAUCCAUCGUUUCAAGUGUUUCCCGACAAAGACUCGGGACAGACAGUCAUUAAAGGAAUGGGAGAAUUGCAUAUAGAGGUGAUCAAAGAUCGUAUUCUUCGAGAGUAUGGCGUCGACGCACAUCUGGGACCGCUUCAAGUGUCAUAUCGGGAGACAAUCGCCGGCACUGCAGUCGAAACCCUAGAAAUCGAUAAGAUUAUCGGCGGAACGAAGAAUCGCAUCACAAUUGCACUGCAAUUGUCGCCCAAAUCCAAGAAGCAAUGGCCGACCGAUCAAUUGGUUCGCGUUGUGGUCACCAAAGAGAACGAAUUGGGAUCUAUUAGAAGCGAUCGCUUAAAAGCGAUUGAGACGGGAGUGCAAAAUGCCCUCGAUUUUGGCCCUCUUCUCUCCUUCCCAGUGAUGGACGUUUCGGUCGACUUAUUGUCAUUUCAAACCACAUUCAAGACAACCAUUCCUAUGAUUAUAUCGACUGCCAGUCAAUGCGUCACCAAUUGUUUGAAGAAAGCGUCGCCACAACUACUGGAGCCCUAUAUGAGUCUUGAGGUGACGACACCCGACCGAUAUAUCGGUGCCAUUAUUAGUGAUCUAUCGCAGAGACGCUCACAGAUCGGUGACAUGACCUCAAAGGGUGACCUAAGGGUAGUGAACGCCAUAACCCCGCUCUCAGAUCUCAUGGAUUACUCGACAUUUGUGCGUACAGUGACUUCAGGAACCGCUAGUUUUUGCAUGCAUUUUGAAUCCUAUCGGCACAUGAGUGACACCGAUCAGCACAAAGCCAUUCAUACAACUACUGAAAGGAUGAAUUGGUCGCAACCAUCGUCUCUAUUGGACAUAAGUUUUAAUGAGGUGUUGGACUCGUGUACCAAAUGUGUUCACAAGAGAAAACUCGAUAACUUUGCGCUCAGAAAGUAUUGGCAAAGUAUUAGCGAAUUGCCGGUAACUCUCAAGUGCCGACUCAUCCAGUCGUUGAGCCAAAGACGGCUAUUAAGUGACGAAAACAUCUCUUAUCUCAUAAACAAUGAAUUGAUUCGUUUAGAUCUCAACGACUGUUUGAAAAGUGAUUUUACCGUCAAUUUGAUUAGAAGGCACUGCUCUCGGCUCCGAUACUUAGACUUAGGCGCACGCAUUGCCAACUUCAACAUGAUAUCAGCGCCCGCUCUCACACCACUGUUCCCCGCAUGCAAUCAAUUACAACAAAUACGACUCAGCAAUUGUAUCGAAGUGAACGACCAGGUGGUCGACUCCAUGGUUCACAACUGUCACCGACUGGAAGUGCUGCAACUGUGCGGCUGUAGUAUUACCGACAGAGCGGCCAAAUUAAUCGGCGAUAACUGUCCAAACCUGCAGAGUGUGGAUAUGAGCCGUACGGUUGUGUCGGACGACGGUUUGUGUUACUUCGCGUCCAGUGUUUGCGCUAAGAGUGUGGCAGAGCUGAUGGUCAACAACUGUUCGCACGUCACGGCCACAAGUGUUCGACUCAUAUCGGAGUGCUGUCCAAAACUGAGCAUAUUUUGCUUUCAGGGCACCAGAGCUACGAUGGAAUCCUUCUAUCAGGUCAUCGCUCGACCGCUUAAUAUCCAAUUCGAUGUUCCCUUCAAUUGAUUGUCCCUUUUAUUUAUUUUAUACUUUAAUCCAU